GGCGGUUGGGCUUACCGGAACCCAGCUACGUGCUCCGGAUGAGUGAGUGGUCAAUGAAACCCACGACUACAAUUAUUGACAAAAACAUUUCUACUGAUCCAAGAAUAAUUAAGAGAAAGAGAUCAGAGUCACCAGAACCCAGCACUACGUCAAUGAUGAGUAAUUGCUCAUGGGAACCUGCUCACUUCAGAGGCAGACCCAGUUUUACUGAUCUGAGACCACAAAUUAAGAAGACCAAUCCCAGCACAAAUCAACUGGACUCCAUAUUUAUGGAGCUGGAACACAAUGUUAUCACUCUGAUAAAGAAUGAGCUGAAGAGGUUUAAGAAGCUCCUGAGUCCAGAUUACCCAGCAUGCACUGUAAGUGAGGUGGGGGAUAAAGAGGACUUAGAAAGCAUCAGAGAGGAAGCACUGAAGAUAACAGUGCAUGUCCUGAAGAACAUGAACCUCACAGAUCUCGCUAACAAACUUAAGAACAAGUCGGUGACGUCUGUGUAUCAGCAACAGCUGAAAUCCAGCCUGAAAGAGAAGUUUUUAAGAAUUAAUAAAGGAAUCUUACAGCAUGGAAGCUCAGCUCUUCUGAAUGAGAUCUACACAGAGCUCUACAUCACACAGAAGUGGAGUGAAGAGGUCUGUAAUGAACAUGAGGUGAGACAGAUUGAGACAGCGUCCAGAAGAGCAGCAAUACAGGAGACACCAAUCAAUUGUAAUGAUCUCUUUAAAGACAAGUCCAUCAGAAGUGUGCUGACUAAAGGGGUCGCUGGUAUUGGAAAAACAGUCUCUGUGCAGAAGUUUGUUCUGGACUGGGCUGAAGGAAAAGCAAAUCAGGACAUCACCUUCAUGUUUCCCCUUCCCUUUAGAGAGCUGAAUCUGAUGACAGAGAAACCUUUCAGUCUGAUGGAAUUUCUUCAUCACUUUUUCCAAGAUAUUAGAAAACUAGAAUUAAUAGACUGUGACUCCUACAAAGUCCUGUUCAUCUUUGAUGGUCUAGAUGAGUGUAGGUUUCCUCUAGAUUUCCAGAACAAUGAUAGAUUGUGUGAUAUGACAGAGUCAGUCUCACUGGAUGUGCUGCUGACAAACCUCAUCAAGGGAAACCUGCUUCCCUCUGCUCUCCUCUGGAUCACCUCUCGACCAGGAGCAGCCAAACAGAUCCCUCCUGAGUUUAUAGACCAGGUAACAGAGAUACAAGGGUUCAGUGAUCCUCAGAAAGAGGAGUACUUCAGGAAAAGGAUCAGUGAUCCGAGCCUGGCCAAUAAAAUCUUCUCACACAUGAAGUCUUCAAGAAGCCUCUACAUUAUGUGCUGCAUUCCAGUUUUCUGCUGGAUCUCAGCCACUGUUCUAGAGAGAAUUUUGGGUGAAGCAGAGAGUCGAAUUAUCCCCAAGACUCUGACUCAAAUGUUCAUGCACUUCCUGAUCUUUCAGAUCAAUAACAAGGACCAAAAGCACCAUCAGAAAUGUGACCCUGAUCCUCAGAAGACCAGAGAGAGUAUCCUGGCACUGGGAAAACUGGCUUUCCAACAGAUGAAGAAAGGAAGCCUGAUCUUCUAUGAAGAAGACCUGAGAGAGUGUGGCAUUGAUGUCAGAGAAGUGUCAGUUAACUCAGGAGUGUGUACCCAAAUUAUCAGAGAGGAGUUUGGGCUUCACCUGGGGAAGGUAUACAGCUUUGUACAUCUGAGUGUUCAGGAGUUUCUGGCUGCUUUAUAUGCAUUUAUCUGCUUUGUUUCUGAAAAGAAAAAUGUGCUUGUGGAGCAACACACUGGAUUUCUUGAUUUAUUCAGAAAUCGAAACCUGUCUAAUUUCCUCAGGAGUGCAGUGAACAAGGCGUUACAGAGUGAGAAUGGACACCUGGACCUGUUCCUCCGGUUCCUUCUGGGUCUCUCACUGGAGCCAAAUAAGAUUCUCUUACGAGGCUUAAUGCCAAAGACAGAAAGCGGCUCUUUCAGCAAAGAGGAAACAGUUGAGUACAUCAAUGAGAUGAUUAAAGAUAACCCAUCUCCAGAGAAAUAUAUCAAUUUGUUUCAUUGUCUCAAUGAACUCAAUGAUCAUUCCCUGAUGAAACAAGUGCAGACGUACCUGAACAGUGAAGGUUACAGAUGUCUGCAAGCAACCAGACUCUCUCCUGCUCAGUGGUCAGCUCUGGUGUUUGCGAUACUGACCUCAGAACAGGAACUGAAAGAGUUUUAUUUAAAAAAAUAUGACCCAUCUGAUGAAUGUCUUCUAAAGCUCCUUCCAGUGGUCAAAGCCUCCAGAAAAGCUGAUCUGCAUUGUUGUAAUCUGACAGAGGAAAGCUGUAGAGCUCUGUCUUCAGUCCUCACCUCAAGCUCCUCAAGUCUGAGAGAACUGGACCUAAGUUACAAUAAACUGCAUGAUUUAGGAGUGAAGCUGCUCUCUGCUGGGCUGGAGAAUCCACACUGUACACUGGAGACACUGAGUCUGCAUUGUUGUAAUCUGACAGAGGAAAGCUGUAGAGCUCUGUCUUCAGUCCUCACCUCAAGCUCCUCAAGUCUGAGAGAACUGGACCUGAGUUACAAUAAACUGCAUGAUUUAGGAGUGAAGCUGCUCUCUGCUGGGCUGGAGAAUCCACACUGUACACUGGAGACACUGAGGCUGUGUGAGUGUGAACUGACAGAGGAGAGCUGUAGAGUUCUGUCCUCGGUCCUUAGCUCAAACUCCUCCAGACUCAGAGAACUGGACCUGAGUAAUAAUUAUCUUCAGUACUUAGGAUUGAAGCUGCUCUCUGCUGCACUGGAGAAUAUACACUGUAAACUGGAGAUACUAAGGCUGCGCGAGUGUAAUUUGACAGAGAAGAGCUGUGACGUUUUGUGCUCAGUUCUCAGCUCAAAUUCCUCCAGUCUGAAAGAACUGGACCUGAGUAAGAAUUAUAACCUUCAGGAUUCAGGAUUAGGGCUGCUCUGUACUGGACUGGCGAAUCAACAAUGUAAACUGGAGAUACUGAGGUUGUCUUCGUGCGGUAUCACAUAUGAAGGUUCUGUUGUUCUGGCUUCAAUUCAGAGAUCCAAUCCCUCAUCACGCCUGAGAAAGCUGGAGCUGGAGUGAAGUAAUGAAGCUGCAUUCAGCUGUAUUAAAGGAUUUAUGCUAUACACCAGAGAAACCACAGUGAAAUUACAGACUCCACACACACACACUUCACAAAUCCCUAAAUCUUUUAUGUGGCCCUCUUACGUGUUUUGUUGGAUUAAAUAAAUUAAUUGUAUAUUCAUUAAUAAUUGUAUGUGUGAGAGAAGAGGAUGCAGAGGAUAGGGUUAGAUGCAGGCAGAUGGUUCGCUGUGGCGACCCCUAAAGGAACAAAUAGCCGAAUGAAAAAGAAGAAUAACUGAAUACAUACAGUGACUUGCAAAAGUAUUCAUACCCCUGAACUUCCACAUCUUGUCAUCAUGUUACAACCACAAACAUAACUGUAUUUUAUUGGGAUUUUAUGUGAUAGAAGAACAGAAAGGGACACAUAAUUG